AGUGUACGAGAGAGGAAGAGAGAGAGAGAGCGCGCUUCUAAGUGCUUUCUGUUAGACCGUUAGCUUGUGAGUUUGUUAAUCAGUGUGAGCAUUUUACACGGACAAAUACCAACAUCCAGCCGACAUGGGGAAGGUAGAAGGAGGAAUGAAAUGUGUGAAGUACCUUUUGUUCGUCUUCAACUUUAUAUUCUGGUUAAUGGGAUCAUUUGUUCUGGCAGUGGGACUUUGGCUGCGUUUUGACCCAGAGACUGUUUCUCUUCUUAGUGGCAGUAGGGCUCCAGAUACCUUUUUCCUUGGUGUCUACAUACUAAUUGGUGCUGGCAGUCUGAUAAUGCUUGUUGGAUUCUUUGGUUGUUGUGGAGCUGUUAGAGAGUCUCAGUGCCUGCUGGGUUCAUUUUUUGCAUGCUUGCUGAUCAUUUUUGGAGCUGAGGUGGCAGCAGGGGUGUUUGGAUUCUUGAAUAAAGAUAAGAUAAUUAAAGAUGUGCAGAACUUCUACUCAGAAGCUUAUCUUGAAAAUAGCAACAGCACAAUGAUCUUGUCCUACCAGAAAGUGUUGAACUGUUGUGGAACCAAGUCGACCCCCUGUGAUGCUGAACCCGAGUCUGAAAACAAGGAUUGUGAGACAAAAAUCAAAGACUUUUUCGACAGUAAACUCUUCAUCAUUGGUUAUGUGGGCAUUGGCAUCGCUGGUGUAAUGAUCAUUGGGAUGAUUUUCAGCAUGGUGCUGUGCUGUGCCAUUCGCAACAGCAGGGAGGUUAUCUGAGAUCCAUGUUUAAUCUACGCUCGCCAUUUCCAUAAGUUUCAGAAAUUCGUUUUCACCUUGGUGCUCUGCUUCCAUCUUUUGAUCUGUUUAUAUUUUAUUACUAUUAUUAUUAUCAUUAUUAUUAUCAUUAUUUGUAGGCACAACCAAAUAGAAUAAUAGCUUUUGUAACCAUCUGUUAGGACAGUUUAUUUUGACCUGACAAUCUCUUAAACAGUUUUUUCUCUCAACCAUUUGGGAAUUUUAACCCACAUACUGUCACCGCCGUGUCAGUGCUUUUUCACACAAUCUUGACACUGACCCCUCAGCUGUGGGAAACUGGAGCCUUAGAGUGCAGUCUGAGGUUAAAACAGCUGAGUUUGCUUAUGUGUGACACAGAAGCACACACAUACUAACACACUAAUGCCAUGCUAUGUGAGACCAUAACCUUAGAAAAAAAACUGACCCUGACUAGUCCUGACUAGUAGUGCCUCAAAAAAGGCAGAGGCACAUACUGUACACAGACUCUGUGUACUGCUUACAUGGGAGAUUUUCUUCAACAAAACAACUCUUAAUAUAAUAAUUGUAGAAAUUGUAAAUUUAAUUCAUUUGGUUUUUCAAAAAAUCUUUAUUGAAACCAUUGAUGCUCAAGCCAACCCUUUCCUCUGAAUUUGAAACUUAUAAACGGAUCUAAACAAAAGUGGCGCUAGACAUUUUCUGACGAGAUCUUAAUGCCCUGCAAAAUCAACACCAAUUAUUGCUAGUGCACUGAUCUCUGUGAGAAAAUAGUUGAUCACAUAUUGUUAAUUUAUGCUAAUUUCGGCAGGCUGACCUUGUGUUCAUGGUUAUUUGCACACCUGAAAUGUUUAAUUCAUUUGAAACAACCUCCAGUUCUUUUCCCUCUUGUUGCGGUUUGUUUCUAUAGAUAUGAACACAACUAUUGCACUAGGUUGCAGACCAAGGCAACCAUACCGAGACCGGAGGAGGUGGUCUUGGUGUGGUGGCAAAUAAACUCUAGGCUGAGUUAUUUAUGGUGUGAACGUCAUCAGACCUCAAUCCAACACAAGCACCAGGUUUACACCCCAAGAUUGAGUCAUACUCCCUCCUCUUGCCAGAUCUGCUCUUCAUUCUGAGCGGCUGUAGAAUAAACAACCUAACACACAAAGACCGUGCAUCUUUUUUAUGGAAGCAAAAAAAAACACUUGAUAUAACUUUCAAGAUCUUGUCAAUCAGUAAUCUUCUCAGAUAUCUUUUUUAUCCAGAAACAAAGUAAUAUAAUUCAAUUCUCAGUGUUUUCUAUUAGCUCAGAAGACUAAAUGUCCAAAAUAUCCUGGAGGUGCAGAUACCCCUCACACCCAUAUGCAUAGAGAAAAUCCAUAGACUGCAAAGACACAGUCUUGUUGUUUGUGUUGGAAUAGUCAGGAGGUUCAGUUUUGUCUUGAUCCAGCCACAGUCUUGGUCCAUUGUGAAGGAAACCUAACACUCAGAAAGACACUCAAGUUAUUUUACCUUACGUCCAAAAAUACAGGUAAAAUACUCACGUGAUCGUCCUCCCUAAAUAUACAGCAGAAUAAAACUACUUUUUCUGAAAUAUAUUUAGAACAUAAAGCUUAUGAAUAGAGAUGCUUAAAAUGAAUGAAAAUUCCUUUUUUGUCUAAAUGUUUUACGCAGAAAGUUGAACAAAGUGUCCCAGCUGAUUAACUGAGAACUUUCGUUGUCAGUUUAAAAUCUAUAUCUCAUUUCAAUAUAAUCUCUUUUGUGCCUUAAAAAUACCUCUCCCAAAACAUCGAAAAAAAUGUUUAGAAAGUCAAUGUGUCCCUUCUAAUUCAUUAAACCAAGUACUGGAUGGAAUCAUGACCAAUGUGAAAUUGUUUACAUUUAUGUGGGUUGAACUAAGUCGCUGAAACUGCUGUCGCAGUUAUUUGAGUGUCAGGAUUCCAACUUGUAAAUAUGUUUCUUUUUUUUUUUUUUUUUUAUUAGUUGUAAAUUAUUUGUGGCAGAUGUGGUAGUUAUUAUUUAACAUGUUCUAUGUCAAAUUGUGUUUGGUGUAGAUGUACAGUGACAAAGUCAUGUCAGUUUUAACAAUUCGGAAAGAGAAUUAACUCAUACAGAACUUAUUAAUGUGCCUUUGUUUGAUGGCAAGCAUCAUGUGUUUAAAGAGCAAAUAAAUGUAGCAAUGUGUGCAUACGUUUGUAGAGAUGGACUACUAAUACAGUAGUACUAGGUUCUAUUUGAGAAGUGGUUCAUAUGUUGUGCUCCUGAAUCUUUCCUCAUUUAAACUGGUUAAGGUUUCAAAAUUAAAACCUUUCCUUUUUGAUACCCACAAAUAAGUCUUCUCACCCAGAAUAAUCUGCUUAUAGUUGGUUGAUUAAGGUCAAAUACACCUGUUGUUGUUGGUCAAUAGCACGGAUCUACUGUGGGUUUUGCUUUUGUUAUUUCUGUAAAGAAUGAGUCAAAUAUAAGAACUAAAAGGCUUACACACUACUGCAGGCUGUCAGUUGGCAGUGUUUACUCUUACGAUUCAGGCAACACAUAAGAGAGCCCCUAAAGUGCCAUUUGGUUCAGCAGACUUUCAGUGUUUACUGCUAUUCACUCCAAAAGCUGUCGCUGUGUAAAAUUGGAGUUGUGACAAAAUGUGAACCUUUAAAAAUAAAACUAUGCACAAGCUCAUAGAUGAUUGUCUGGUAAUCCAUUUUAGUCAAAUGUCAGGCUUCUCAGGAAUGCAGUUGUCUGAGGUUUAAUAAAAGUUUUACACAAUC